AUGCAGUCCGAAAACAACGCGCCGGCGCCUCCGUCGGGUGCCGCCGCCGACAUCACCAGCGACAACGAAGAGCAUAUUACCUCGUCCAGGGCAAGCUACGAAGAUGCCCCCCAAGAACAACCGCCCAGCAACUCAAGCUCCAAUGACCCUCCUUCAGAGGACAGAGCGCCGAGCGAGGACAGCAAGAAGGCACCAAGCAGAAAAGCAUCUGGCGAGGAGAGUAGAGCGGCUGUUGCAGCAGGAAGCAAGCCACCGUCGAACAAAGCACCCUCUCCAGCAGGAAGCAGACGGGGAUCAAAUGAAGCGGCAGUAGUAGCAGGCGAGUCUGCGCCUGGAGUCGCCAACGCUCCCGUCGCAGCCUCUGAUGCAGCAAUUCCCCGAGAGCGUGGCCCUGGUGACGAAAAUCGUGAGGCAUUCCGCGAUUCUACCAUUACGGCAGUCAGCGAGGGCACGGCACAAGUGCUUGGAAGAGACGGUGUGCCCAAGACCACGACAGACCCAGCAGCUGCCGGAGUUCUUGCAGAGACCGCUCCCAGCGUCAACAGGGAAGUCAACGAUGAUGACGAGCUGGAGCCUCUGACGAAGUACGUCGACUGGAAGGAGCACAUUUCCAUUUCGAUCGGCCCAUUCAUCAUCCUGUUCUUCGACCUGGCUUUGCCUGUCUGCAUUUACUACAGUUGGUUACGUGCCCAGCGCAACCGUCGCCGCGAAGCAUGCGCGCCUGCGUACCAGGCGGGAGUGACGUGCGGUUUGCCUCCUGUUGAAACGGUUGAGAGUCGAAUCUUGGGUUUUGCUAUCAUCGCUUUUGGUUUUGGCGAGGUGUACAUUCUGGUUGUCCGCGUCUACAGACUCAUCGCCCGCUACGAAGAGUGCGCGCCGCUGUUGUCUAAGCAUUGGUGGGAGCUGGAUGCUACCACGUGGGUAUACACGCUCGGCCUGAUAGCAGCGUUGGUUCCGUUUGUCUGCUCAACCACCGUAUACGAGCCAUUUGUGGUUGAGUGGCUGUACCUGUACUCCCCUGGUUUUAUGUUCAUGGUGUUGGACGCAAUUGCCUUCAUGACGCUGAUCCCGAUCAAGCUGCCCUUCCGUAUCAACUCGGACCCGAAAGGUGAACGGCUGAAGCCUAUCGUCUACUACGCUGCCGAAGACUUCUUCGCCGUCGACGGCGCCCAGAAUCGCGAGUUCCGCAAGCGAUUCGUCGAGCGAUACAAGAAGUCGAUGAUGUUUCGCAAAAUGAUCCUGGAGUUGACGUUGUUCUGGAUCGGAGGAUGCACAUGUUACCUAGGUUACACAGCUGCCAUCAUCUGGGAUCUGGAAUUUGAGCGUGCUUUCGGUACGUCGUUGGGCGUCUUGUUUGGCUGGAUCAUCGUUUGGGGUGUAACUGCGAGAUUCUGGAUUGACUGGGCGAUCAAGCGGGAGAAGAAGUGGUGGAAAGAAAACAAAGCCGAAAGAGAAGCGGGAAAGAUUCAAUGA